AUGUUGAACUACAUUUCAGCUGGACUCGUAGAGUACGAAGGGCCUCGAAUAAGUAUUCCACCGUCGCAGCAAUGCUUUCCAGAAGGAUGUGUUCAGAUUCACUCAUUACGUAUGGUGAACUUCCGGCAACCUUCUAAAGUCUCCUUCGACCCGUACCCACCUAACCAGUUCAUUAUCCGACUUAUGGACUUCGAUCUUUUGUCAGUGAUUCAAGUUUAUCACUGUCAGAUUGAUAGCGGCAUUGUCGAUGCCAAAGUGACAAAUAUGGGCCUUAUCACCGAUCUCGUAAACAUGAGAUUUCGCGUGAGUAGAGGUCUCAUGUUAGUGCAACUUGAGAAAGCCAUAUGUGAAAGCAUCUAUCGUCUCACUCAAGCACAUUUCUCGAGUCGGCUGUCGAGAAUUCCCCGUCAACUUCUCAUAAGCGAGCUAUUCAAGUUGUUUUUAUCAGUAAGUCCAGCUUCGCCGAAACACUCAAAUAGGCUUUUUCGAUCAAAGCGUGCCAAUGACGACUAUUAUGACGAUGUUGAGGGCGGUAGAAAGACACAAGCACAAACCUCGUCUCCAGCGGAAGCGGACGACCCCAUAGAACGCCUUCGACAUAUAUGGAUCGACUUGACGAUGUUGGAUGCGAGCGCUACUUACAAUGACUUUACUGUCGGAUUGUCAGGAGCAGUUUCAAACUCUAGAACAAACGAUGUCUCACCAUAUCGUGUACCAUUUCCAUUCCGACUCCCACAAAGUUCGCAACAACGAAUGAUCGAAGUCAUGAUCUCUGAUUACACCAUAAAUAGUAUGCUCUAUCACGCUCAUAGGACAAAUUCAUUGCUUUUCCACGUCAACUCCCGUACUCCGGGUCUCGGUUCGCUUCUAAAGACAACGUGCUCGGCUGAUGAAGUUUGUUUAUCCGAUCACGUGGAAGAAAUCGGUGAAACGCACCCCAAUAAAACCAUGCAGCUGAUUAUUCGGACGACCAGCCCACCGCUUGUGACUCUUCAGAAUGAUGUGGUCAAGCUUACUCUCGACGGCCGUUGCCUCUUCCUCAUUGAGGAUACACAACGGCAGAUUGGUGUGAUACCGUUCUCUGCAGAUGUUUACGCACAACUAAGGACAGUCGGAACACUCUUAAGAGGUAAAGAAAACUGCAAUCUGUCAUUAUUAUUACCAUUAUUAUUAUUUCUACGAUUGUUUAGCUUAGCCAGCAAAUCACCGAAAAAUGGGUAUUUGCUGGGGCCCGCACAGCCAGUAAGGACGGCCAUUCACGUUCAAGUAUCAAGCAUCAAUAUUUAUUUAUAUAUAGAUUUGUCAUUUGCUCAACACAAGAGAAAAUGGACAAAUGUUUUGAGUUACUGA